AUUCUGAUGUCAGCAUGAUUAGCGCAUUUAAUAUUAAAGAAUUUGGUGUAAAAAAAUUUAAAAAUCAUGCUAUAAUGAAAAUCAUCAUCAAUAUUCUUCAGCGAUAUGAUAUUAUUCUUUGCCAAGAGGUUCAUUUGUCUGAAGAGAUGAUCAAUCAACUUGUUGACUCGUUAUCAAAAUUCUCUGUCCCAUAUUCUUACGAGGCAACACAACCUAUUGGUAAAAAUAAAUAUAAAGAAAGAUAUCUUUACCUAUAUAGUUCUUAUCUUAAUAAGAAAAAGAAAGCUGAACUUGAUAAAAUAUUAAAUAAUAAUAAUUUAAUGUGGGGAAUUGAUCAUUUAAGCGAUACUACCGUCGUCUUAAAAUGCAAUGCUUAUGAUCGAUUUAUAUUUGAAGUCAAAAAUAAAGAGAGAUGGAUUGGAAAAACCGGGAUAUUCGAAUUUGACAAAGGAUGGGGAAAUAAGAAAGCUUCAAUGCUUGUUUCGGAUCACUAUCCUAUUGAGUUUGAAUUGAAGUUGGAU